AGCCUUGUGGCGGGCUGUGGGCUGCUAACAGGGAAAGCGGUGGUGGCGGCGGCUGCCGCGGCGGCGGAAGUGGCCUGCGAGCCCGGUCCUUGCCGGCACCAUGCUCCCCUUGUCGCUGCUGAAGACGGCCCAGAAUCACCCCAUGCUGGUGGAGCUGAAGAAUGGGGAGACCUACAACGGGCACCUGGUGAGCUGUGACAACUGGAUGAACAUCAACCUGCGGGAGGUCAUCUGCACGUCCCGGGAUGGGGACAAGUUUUGGAGGAUGCCGGAGUGCUACAUCCGCGGCAGCACCAUCAAGUACCUGCGCAUCCCUGACGAGAUCAUCGACAUGGUCAAGGAUGAGGUGGUGGCCAAGGGCCGUGGGCGCGGUGGCCUGCAGCAGCAGAAGCAGCAGAAGGGCCGUGGCAUGGGGGGCGCUGGGCGAGGUGUGUUUGGCGGCCGUGGCCGCGGCGGGAUUCCGGGCACUGGCAGGGGCCAGCAGGAGAAGAAGCCGGGCCGACAGGCGGGCAAGCAGUGAGCUGCGCUUACCCAGACCACAGAGACUAGGGGGCCGCGCCCCGCCCCACCCUACCCCGCGGCGGUACCGGGCUCUCCCACCUGUUCAGAAAGAAGAGGCAGCAGGUGUCAGGAGAGUCCGGGUCGGCGUUUCCUUCCAGUCUUCUUCCUUAGGAAAAGCGCUCCCCCCCCCCUUUUUUUUAGCAGCAGUUCCAGUUGCAUGCACCUCUCAAUAUUUUUAGUUUUGUGGAAUUGUCUUGGGACCAGCUGCUGCCGGGUUCCUGGGAGUCUCGCGUGUGACAUGGCCCUGAAGCCUGGUUGGUGUUUGUUUGCCCCGCGAGUAGAACAGCGCUCACGGAGGCUUCUUCCGUACCAAGCGUAGUUCCCUGCACAGUGGCGUGCAGGUUUAUUUUAAGCUGGUGCACUGAAGUUAAUGGCAUUGGGUCCCUUAAACGCAGCCCCCAGAUGGCCAUUUCCAAACACAUGGGAACCAGCAUGUGCCCUAGAGCAGGAUGGGGGAUCCUAUGUCGUCUUCCCAGAAUAAAGUUGGAGACACUGCAUGUCUAACUCCCUCCAAGUCCUGGGGCGCACCCUUGUGGCCUCCGCCUUGGGCAUCUGCAGGUUGCCUGCGCCUGAGUCUCAGGAUCACCUAGUGAGAGCUGCCCCUUACGGGGCUGGCUCUGGAGGUCUGCCCCUUCACCAGAUUAUCCUCCCAACCCCUUUCCCCCUUUAUAGUGGGAGAAGCAGAGGUGAUUUCACGGAGACCCCGUCCCCUAACACACGGUUGACAGCGUUCCUUUAUUUGUGCGUGUUUCCUUUUCCCCAUUCUGUGAACCCGGCUCACACCAGGGCUUCCCCAAAGCGUCUGUAGCCAGUGGGGCUUCGGGGGACACUCGAGCACCCUCCCCAGGACCCGCCUCUUGAGUCAGCGCUGGGGUCGCCCCUUGGCCGUCCCUGAGAUUGAGCUUUGGCAAAAGGUUCCAGGCGGUGGCAGGGCACAGGGCCCUGGCUGCGUUCAUGGCGGUGGAAGAGGCUGUCACUGUGCCUGUUCAUUCCCUGUGGCCUGUGGGGAUUGUCCCGGCCAUUCCUGGAAUAAACAAGUGCUGGCAUGUUGAUAUGGAGCUCCAUGUCUGGGGCCCAGAGUCCUUGUGUACAUCUCCCUCCACACGUUCAAUUGUUAGACCUGCUCCCAAGUGGCCCUUGCUCCCUACAUUAGCGUUUCUCUGGCCCACCCUGCAUGCCGGCUGACACCAGUCCUCCUAGUGACCAAGCUCCCAGCCUCACUAAUCCCCCUGCAUUCGUGGCAGACGCGGGCAGUGGGGGUGCCCCAUGGACUAGAGUGAGUCCUCCAAUAGGCCUGGUGGACUGGAGGAGAGAAGCCCCACUUCGCCCUGGGUGAGAGGUCAGCACCUGAUUGGGCCGACGUGGGGGGAGAUCUGGGGUCAGGCGUGGAGUCUGCCAGGGUCAGGACCU